AUUCAUUCACAACCAGCUCAAACACGCUACAUAUUGUGUAACCUCGUGUAUGUGUUAUUCGCUCGUCUUCUAACAGAAGCGCGAUGUCUGCUCACGUUCAGCUUACGGUCGGUAGUUCAGAAAACCUGGCUGACCGAGGAAGCCUCCCGGUGCACGGCCGGGAAGCACGUAUGCGUACACGGGUUUGCAGGAAUCUCUUCGGACCGGUCGAUCACGACGAGUUAAGGCAGGAGAUCGAGUCCAAACUGAGAGAGAUCUCGGAGCGGGAUGAGAAGCGGUGGAAUUUUAACUUCAGCUCCGGUACUCCGCUUGAUGGAGACUACGAGUGGGAGGAAGCUUCAGAGACGUCGCCUGGGUUUUACCAGGAAUCGGUGCAAGUAGGGAAAAGGAGGGUAGCUUACGGACAUGUGAGACAAUCUGUAGAAGUGACUCAACGAGAGAACGAAGGGAGAGAAAACACUGAGAAACCGAGCUGCGGGAAGGUCCGUAACGUCCGGAGGAAAACAACCACACGUUUUACCGCAACUCGCAUUACAGACUUUUACGGUAAACGAAGGAAUUCUGGUGGCUUAAAACGGCUCGACAGUGUAUCCGAAAAGCCCUUCGUUUCCCUCCCCGAGCAAACUCCACGCAAACGAAUUCGAUGAAGGACUUUAUAGCUGCUGUUGGUUGGAGAGAAAAAUCUUCUUGCUUGUAAAGCUGGAGUAAAGAAGGCCCCCUCGUCCCAUCCACUCAAACUUGCAUAUGGGAGGGCGGAUGCAAAUUCUCACAAGUUUGCAAUUGUGAGCCCAGCUGAGGAAGGAGCAAUGCUGUGACCAGCCAAAAAAAAAUGACCUCAAGUCUCUGGACUAUUACUAUAAGUCUAUAGUUUAUGAGAAUCUACUAAAGAAUGUAUUGAAUGUAGCAGAAUUCUUUCAUUACAACAGAUAAUUACAUUACUGUAGACAUCUAGUGUACACAUACUGUGUACAGUGCUACGCUCUAGCUUGUGUGCAAACACUAACUACUGGCACUGCAGUGACAUAAGAUCAGGUGCAUUUCUAAAGCCUGUAUUCGAUUUCUAGUUGCACACAGCAUUUUGUUAAUUUACUAAUGACUUAGCAAAAGUCUGUCCUGUUCAUGCUCCAGAAUUUAACAAGCUCUUUAAAUUUCAUUUGGCAGUUUUUGUUCAAGACUGACCUGUUAAUUACUGAUUGGUUUAUUUAUGUGUGCAAACAGGACAGAUCUGGCCUAUAUCAAGUGCUUCUUAUCUUUGGACAAGAUUUAAAGGAUGUACUGUUUGACUGAGGCAGUACGUAAUCAUGUACAUUGUUAAUGUGUAAAGCUUUAAUGAUCAAGACAAUUUGCCUUUGGGCUAGCUCUAAUGUUUUGUAAAUAUAUACAUAAGAGAUAUUGUAAAUUACACUUUAAUUUUAUUUAUGUUUUGUUGUAGACAUCUGCUUGUACUUUUGAUUUCUAUGUUUGCAAUCAGAAUUGUAGCUUAGCUUUUCAAUGUAGCAUUCACCCUAAAUGGGAUCAUCAUGCUUUUGAGCCUUUUGUCUUUGUGAUAAUGUGAUACCCUAAGUCUACUGCAAUUAUUUUUGUAACAUUAAAACUAAAUAUGCCAUCUAG